AUGAAUCUGGCUACGGAGCAGUUAAGGCAAGAAACAGAACAAAAGCAAAAGGCCUACGACGAGGCCUCGAUCACGAGCAGUAGACGUACACUACAUGCCUACGGCCGCAUCCCGCAACGCACAAGCAGCCUUGAUCGGGACAGCUUCCGGUACUGGUCGAAGCGCUUCGAGAAGAAACAUUACGCUCCGUCGUCCGCGAAAGACAGGGCUAAGGAAAGGCAGGAGGCUCUGAAGACUCAUGUUCAUGGUCUGAUGCUGGAGCGUGUCGGCGAAGGAGAGCAGGAGGUGAAGGAAGGCCGCGUGGUUUAUCGCCGUUUCGGUAUCGCUACACUUGAGAUUCGAGAGGGUAGAACGGCGCAGUUCGAGGAUGUGGUUGAGACGAGCAUCGUGAUUGUAUGA